AGUAGUGUACUGUAGAACCAUUGCAGUGCAGCCAUUGAACUAGAAUUAAGCUAAAAAUGCAAGUAAUGUCAAGGUUUCGCCUCUUCAAUUUCCAUCUCUUCUCCACUCUCCCUCAAUCUACCAAAUUCCUUUCUUCAUUUCCCAAAAUCCCUUUAUCUCAAAAUUCAUACCCAAAAAAUCCCCAUUUUUCUAUUCAUGCCUUUACUUCAAAAACCUUUAAAUCUUCAGCUACAACUUCAGAAUCAGCAGCUUCAAUAUUAGCAAAGAAAGUAUUAUUCAUGGCUCCAGGAGUUGAACCCGAAGAUAUAACCGAAGAUAUGAUUUUACCCGGAUCCAAUAUCGUUGUGGGGCCCUAUGCGGGGGACUCUAAAAUUAAAGAGGUGGCAUUUGUGAAGAGUAGUAAUAAGCCUAAGGAUUGUCCAAAAGAUGAGAAACCUGAAUUUGCUAUGUUGGGUCGGUCCAAUGUUGGAAAAUCAUCGCUUAUUAAUGCUUUGUGUAAGAAGAAAGAGGUUGCUCUUACUUCUAAGAAACCAGGGAAGACUCAGCUGAUUAAUCAUUUCUUGGUGAACAAGAGUUGGUACAUUGUGGAUUUGCCUGGUUAUGGUUUUGCUAAUGCUUCUGAAGCUGCCAGAAUGGAUUGGUCCUCCUUCACAAAAGGCUACUUUUUAAAUAGAGAUACCUUGGUUUCCGUUCUGCUUCUAAUUGAUGCUAGUGUACCCCCUCAGAAGAUUGACCUUGAUUGUGCUAAUUGGCUUGGACGCAAUAAGAUACCAAUAACUUUCGUUUUCACGAAGUGUGACAAAAUGAAGGGAGGGAAGGCAAAAAGGCCAGACGAGAAUAUUAGAGAUUUCCAAGAGUUGAUCAGGCAGAAUUAUCAGCAUCCACCUGCAUGGAUAAUGACUAGUAGUGUCUCUGGUUUGGGCAGGGAUGAGCUGCUUCUGCAUAUGUCUCAGCUGCGGAACUAUUGGAACAAUGAAUAGCCCGAGAAAAGCAUUAGCAGCAUUAUUUUGUGAGGAACUAACUGGGACAUAUGAAUCUGGUCAAGCCAAGGAUUAAUCCACAUUCAGAUCUUUUCCCAUCCCCAACAAUGAGUUUGGUUCGAGUCCCUAUACAUUUCCACUCAGGAAUUAAUAACCAUAUGGGGGAUUUUCAGGCUGUUAUAUCUAGGUUGGUGCAGGAGGGGCUACAAACCUAAGUUGCUCGGACUCGGGUGCGGGUAUCCGAUACGGGGACGGAUCCGAGUAUCGGAUUCGGCAAAAUCUAAAUUUUAAGAUUCGGGGGUGCGGAUCCGGAUAUGGAUACGGGUGCGGGGAUUUGGCUAAUAAAAAAUAGAGCUAUAAAAAUAUUGUAAAUUUUGAGAGAUAUUCUGUGAAAAACUUACAUGAAUAUUGUAGAAUUCAAUCUUUCAUUCUCCAAGAUGGAGAC